CGCCUGGCCAUCAUGCCCAUGAAGGGCAGGUUCCCCAUCCGGAGGACGCUGCAAUACCUGAGCCAGGGGGACGUCGUCUUCAAGAACUCGGUGAAGGUGAUGACGGUGAACUACAACACCAGUGGGGAGCUCAGCGAGGGAGCCAGAAAAUUUGUGUUUUUCAACAUACCUCAGAUUCAGUACAAAAACCCCUGGGUCCAGAUUGUGAUGUUUAGGAACAUGACACCUUCACCCUUCCUCAAAUUCUACUUAGAAGGCGGAGAGCAAGUCCUUGUUGAUGUGGAAGAGAAGACUAACAAGGAUAUUGUGCAGCAUAUUAAGAAAAUUCUUGGUAAAAGCGAGGAAACGCUUCAGAAAGAAACACAAGAAAAAAUGAAGCUUCGGCACCCUGCAACCUUUGGCCCCAGAAAAUACCACUUGCGCGAAUGUAUGUGUGAAAUAAAAGGCCAAAUUCCCUGCCCUGGGAAGGUACCAUUACCAAAGGAGAUGACGGGCAAGUAUAAAGUGGCUAUGAAAGAGAACGCUGCUUCUGAAGCCAGCUCCAUAUGAAGCUUGCCUCUACUAGGGACUAAAAGCAGUAGGACAGAUUGCCACUGCUGAAGGAAACUGGCAAAGUU